UGGAAGAGAGGGUGUGAAGAUGAAUUUCAUAGACAGGAUUUUUGUGGGUGAAUUAACCAGCACUAUCAUGUGCGAGGAAUGUGAAAAUAUUUCCACAGUAAAAGAACCCUUCAUUGAUCUUUCACUUCCUAUAAUAGAAGAAAGGACCUCAAAACCUGUUUGUUUUGGAAGGACAAGCAAAGGUAAACAAAUACAAGAAGCAGAUACUGAUCAAUUCAGCUGUUCUUCCAUAUCUGCUCUGACUAAUCAGCAAUCAAAAUUAUCUAGAAAGUGUUCAUUAACAAAGGAUAAGGUAAGAAUAUACCAGUAUGGACAUUUGUACAUGAAUUCAGAUGUUCUUCACAUAAAUUUCAUUGUUCUUUUUAAAAACCUGGAUUACAUAUUUUUAACUUGCAAUUUUAGGUCACAAGUGUUUGAAUGUACUUUAAUCACUGCUUUCAGAAAUCGUAGUACUGCAUUGAUUAAUUGGAAGAUUUUAAUAUAAAAGAAAUGAUUGUGACUGAAAUAUACAGUAUAUAAGAUUAUAUAUAAGAGGCUGAAUAUAUCUUAAAAUGAUAGAUUUAAAAUAUAGUUGUCAGCGUUCCAAGUAUCAUGCAGAAUUAAAUCAGAGUCCAAGGCAAAACUAUCCUUUUU